GGCAGGAUGAGGGUGGUCACUUGUAGGAAGAACACGAGAGGAGGAGGAGGUCAUGACGAGGUUCACAGGACGGUCGCUGGUGGUGGUGGUGGUGGUGGCGGUGGUGGUGGUGGUGGGAGUGGCAGGGGAGAAGCUGGAACACGGUCUGGAGCUCAUCACACGGGGGGAGCUGACGGGGGAGACAGACUUUGCGCCCCAGGGGAGGGAAGAUGAGCGGACCAGCGCCCACCGAAGCUUUCCCGCGGCGCCCAUAGCCCUCACCUACCUGCCGCCCAUACAGAGCCCCUUACCCAUAGAGGAAACACAGGGGACCACCACAGGCACCAGCGCUACCCCGGGGGAGGUCUUCGUGGCUCCUGACCAUGGGGGAGAGAUACUUAGACCAUUCAACCAAGCAGGGUCACACCUCGAGCAGACCAGCCAACAGCACCACCACCACCAUCACCACCUUGGCCCCUUUGAGUCCUCCCAAGAGAACACGCCCUUCCAUACAGAGUUCCAGCCCUCAACAAGUGACCAGGACCCAGACGCCCUCCCAGCUGUGGUCCCAGGUGUGAUACUGCCAGAGGUGGAGGAGGACGAGGAGGAGCCUGAAUUUUUUUCGAAGGUGGGUGAAUCGAAGCUGGCUCUGAUCGGGGGCGUGAUGGGAGCCAAGACCGCUGUGUUAGAUGGUCUGAAGGAAGCCAGGGAGUCUCUUGUCACAGGCCUGAAGAGCGCAGUAACAGCCAAGACAGAAGCAUUUGGUACCCUCACGAAAGCUGCACCGUUUGAACACACCCCCCAAACUGCACCAGCCCCCGUGGUACCGUACCCGAUCUACCCGCCGUACCCCAAGCCCCAGCAGACGUACCCCCAGCCUUCCUACGUGUACCACAAAGCCUCGUAUCCUCAGCCAGUGUACCAUAAACCAGUGUACCAUAAGCAAAUGUACCCUGUAGUGGUGUACCCUGGAUAUCAUCAGUACCACGCCAAGCCGAGCCCCCUGGAGGCGUUGAAGGCUAAGGUGGAGGGCUACGUGGAGACUAAGAGAGCGGCUGUGAGUGGAGCGCUGGCCAAGGUGGAGGAGGCUAAGGCGAAGCUGGACGCAAAAAUCAAAGGUCUUUUUAAACCCACUUCCUUGAAAAAAACACCUAUUCCAUACCCUUCCAAGCCCCUUCCAGCCCCGUCUGCACCCUUCUACCCCUUCAGACCCUAUCUCAAUGUGCCCCUGACGCCUCACAAGGGGUACUCCAUCAAGGCCACCCCUGCCAAGCCCCUGCCAGCCCCUGUACACCACGUCAAAGGCCCGGUACCAAAACCUUACCCUGUGAAUGUAUACCCAGCCAUACCACAGCCUUCCCUUGCUACUACCCCUGCUCCUACCCCUGUCCCGAUCCCUGCCACGCUUCCUGCCGCUUCUACAGGCCCCCAGAUACCCCAGGAGACCUACCCCAUGGCCACAGCACCCCAGUAUCAGCCUGUGUAUGCAAUUUACCCCGUGGCAGCCUCGCCUGACGUGGGACUCAAGGAAAAGCUGGAGGCGAAGAAGAAGCAAGUGAUGGGAGCGAUUACAGGCGCGUUUGCAAAGUUGAAGGCGCCAUUCCAGUACCUGCACCCUUCCUACUCCUACUACUACGCCCCCCAGCAUUGGUAGAGGCGCGGCAGGGGCUGGGAAGGCGGCAGGGGGUAAAAAGCUAAGGAGGUAUUGGAUUAAGCACGUGGUAAGCAGACGCCUUUCAGCCGCCCUGCUCGUGACGUCAUCUUAGAGACCGCGGGUGUAAACUAAAAUUAAAUACAUUGGGUUAAAAAUAUUAGUAAUCUGAGCCUAUGUUAGUUUAUAGUGUGUAAUAUUUUGUUUAUUAGUUAAUCUUCUAUAUAAUGUUAAUUUGUAGGGUUAUGAUUGUUAUUCUUAAGAGUUUUGAGAUUAAGUUUAUAUUUUAUUUUUGGGGUUUUGUAUGUAAGGAAGGUACUGGCUAAUGGAAGACAAAAAAAUGAAAUAUAUAAAAAAAAAUGAGUUUAAAUGCCAGACCUAACAUGAAAAGCACCAAAAGGAUUAUGAAAUUUGGAGAAGUGUUCGAUAAUAAGGAACAAAGGUACGAUGCAGCGAGGAGAGCGCGGCAUUUUCAAAACACUGCUAGCGCGCUCCUUUUUAGCCAAGUAGAAGUGAAAAAAAAAGUGCUAAAUAUUUUUCUAACUCUUGUUAUAUGUUAAUAAAAAAAUAAAAUAGUUGUUUUU